GCAGCUCUCAGGCUGCUCCAUGCUUGGACUGACUUACUGAAACAGAAGCACUUUUUUUGUGUGUGUGAAAGUUGGAUGGGGAGCAUGCACUGGUCGAUCAAGUUGAGCAGCUGAGAAAUCUGCCGGAAUUUCUGUAACUGGACGUUCAGCCAAAGAGCAUCUAUUAGAGAGAAUACAGCACAAAAGCUAAUAAUCAUAUGAUCUUGGAGCAGAGGGGGGUGAGGAAGGGGAGGAGGAUACAGGAUAGAUAAUGAGCCUCACAAUAGGCAAAUAGAGAGUGUCAUUACAGGAGCGGCAGGACCGGCCAAAUGGUUAACCUGUGGGGUGGAAAGAGCAUCCAAUGAGUCUCGCAUGCCUGAAAGGAUAAUGGCAUUUUUAUUAUCUCAUUCCACGCCCUGAUCAUCUGUCCAUUUUCUCCCUGGAGCUGGCAGCAGUUUGCACUGAUUCAUUCGCUACAGACAUGAUCAGCAGAUCAUACUGCAGGCAGAACUUGUCAAGUCUUUCCAAGCUGUCCUACCAGAGAAAUGAUGAUGAUGAUGAAGAAGCUGCCAGAGAACGUCGUCGACGAGCUCGACAGGAAAGGCUGCGGCAAAAGGAAGAAGGAGAUGUAUCAGGGGAUGUAACAGAGAAAUCAGAAGUUAAUGCCCAGAACAGUGUGGCAGAAGAAGAAACAAAGCGCAGUUUAGAUGAUGAAGCUGCAUUGUUGGAGAGACUGGCAAGACGGGAAGAGAGACGCCAAAAACGUCUACAGGAAGCCCUGGAACGUCAAAAGGAAUUUGACCCAACGAUCACAGAUGGGAGCUUGUCAGUGCCCAGCAGGAGAGAAGUAAACAAUGUGGAAGAAAACGAGACCACAGGGAAAGAGGAAAAGGUUGAAACACGCCAAGGACGCUGUGAGGUCGAGGAAACAGAAACAGUUACCAAAUCAUACCAAAGAAACAAUUGGAGGCAAGAUGGAGAAGAAGAGGGAAAAAAAGAAGAAAAAGAUGCAGAAGAGGAGAAACCAAAGGAGGUACCCACAGAGGAAAAUCAGGUAGAAAAGUCCACAGAUAAAGAAGAGGUGGUAGAAACAAAAGCUCUAGCUGUAAAUGCAGAGAAUGAUACAAAUGCUGUGCUGGAAGGGGAGCAGAGUAUAACUGAUGCUGCAGAUAAGGAGAAGGAAGAGGCUGAGAAAGAGAGAGAGAAACUUGAGGCAGAAGAAAAGGAGAGGUUAAAAGCAGAAGAAGAAAAGAAAGCAGCUGAAGAAAAACAGAAAGCAGAGGAGGAAAAGAGGGCAGCUGAGGAAAGAGAGCGGGCUAAAGCAGAAGAGGAGAAGAGAGCUGCUGAGGAAAGAGAGAGGGCUAAGGCAGAAGAGGAAAAAAGGGCAGCUGAGGAAAGAGAGCGUGCUAAGGCAGAAGAGGAGAGGAAGGCAGCUGAGGAGAGGGCAAAGGCAGAAAAAGAGAGGAAAGCAGCUGAGGAGAGGGCCAAGGCAGAAGAGGAGAGGAAAGCAGCUGAGGAGAGAGAGAGGGCUAAGGCAGAAGAGGAAAAGAGGGCAGCUGAAGAAAAGGCUAGGUUAGAGGCAGAAAAAAAGAAAAAGAUGGAAGAGAAGAAAGCACAAGAGGAAAAAGCUCAAGCAGAUUUGCUAAGAAAACAGGAGGAAGACAAAGCGGUUAAAGCAGAAGCUAAAAAGGAAAGCUUACCAGAGAAGGUUCAACCUACCUCCAAAAAAGAUCAGGUAAAAGACAACAAGGAUAAAGAAAAAGCACCCAAGGAGGAAAUGAAAAGUGUCUGGGAUCGUAAAAAGGGAGUUCCAGAACAAAAGGCACAGAAUGGAGAACGUGAACUCACUGCCCCCAAACUUAAAUCUACUGAAAAUGCUUUUGGCCGCUCCAAUUUGAAAGGAGCUGGAAAUGCUGAGGCUGACUCUGAGAAGCUGAAGGAGAAACAGCAGGAGGCAGCUGCGGAGCUGGAUGAGCUGAAGAAAAGGCGGGAGGAGCGCCGGAAAAUCAUGGAGGAAGAGGAGCAGAAGAAGAAACAGGAGGAGGCUGAGAGAAAAAUCAGAGAGGAGGAGGAAAAGAAGAGGAUGAAGGAAGAAAUUGAAAGGAGAAGAGCUGAAGCUGCUGAGAAACGUCAGAAAGUGCCAGAAGAUGGCGUAUCUGAAGAAAAGAAGCCAUUUAAAUGUUUCGGUCCUAAAGGUUCAUCUCUCAAGAUAGAGGAACGAGCAGAAUUUUUGAAUAAAUCCGCUCAGAAGAGUGGUGCGAAACCUGCCCACACAACAGCAGUUGUCUCAAAGAUUGACAGUAGACUUGAGCAAUACACUAGCGCAGUUGUGGGCAACAAGGCUGCAAAACCAGCCAAACCAGCAGCCUCUGACCUUCCUGUUCCAGCUGAGGGUGUCCGUAAUAUCAAGAGCAUGUGGGAGAAAGGGAAUGUUUUUUCAUCACCUGGGGGAGCAGGAACACCAAAUAAAGAAACUGCUGGCCUGAAAGUUGGUGUCUCCAGUCGUAUCAAUGAAUGGCUAACCAAGACCCCAGAUAAUAAAUCACCUGCUCCAAAACCUUCUGAUUUAAGACCAGGAGAUGUAUCCGGCAAACGUAAUCUCUGGGAGAAGCAGUCAGUUGAUAAGCCAGCUGCUUCUUCUUCAAAGGUAACAGCUACAGGGAAAAAAUCAGAGACUAAUGCAGGUUUGAGACAAUUUGAGAAAGAACCGUAGAAGGCUACUAAAGACGCUGGACCAAUCAGUUGGGGGAAAAAAAAGAAAGAAAAAGUGCUAAAUUGUUCUUUUUAUAUUUAUGUUUAUUUACCAAAAUGUCUUUUUGCAUUAUCCCAGUUAAAACCAUGUAUAUUAGCACUAUAUUUAAUAGUCAAUCUAGACAUUCAUCAUAAUAGUACUGCCUUUGCACAAGAACCUUUAUUCCUAAAGAAACCCAUGCUGUGAAAUAUACAGACUCUCCUACUGACAGUCAUAACUAUGGAUCAGAACAGUGAUUUCAGCUGGCAUAAGAGGUCAACCCAAAGUGCAUUUAAAGUGAAGUUGAUCAAGAAAGGUGUGCAGUAAACCUAUGAAAACAAUGGUUACUUUUGGAAUACAGAAGUCCUUCCUUCUGCACUUUAGACUGUGGCAUGGAAUAAAUAUCCUUAGUUGACAAUGUAAUGUUUUCUGUAAGUUGCCCAUGUCAUGAGAAAUACUGCAUCAAUAACUUGUUUAAUUUUUUGUUUUAUACUUUUUUUUAAAGUAUCAAUUUUUCCAUUCUAGUUUAAGUUAAUGCAUAAAUUUGGAUGAUUAUCUUAGCUGACAGCGGUACUGAUAUUUCUUUUUGUUGUUAGUGACUAGUAAUUGAUUGCAACUUAGAAUAUAUACACACAUAGCUUCACAAAGUUUAGCCUAAAGGCACUACUAACAGUAGAAUGCUUUAAUACAUGCUAGAGUAUUAUAUUUAGUAAUAAACGUACAUAAUUAGCCAAUAUCACAGCUUAAAAAAGAUAAAGACAAAAUCACACACUUUCUUAUAGUAAGAUUUCAUAAUUGCCAUUAGAGGUAUGGCAAGAUAAGUAUUAAAAGAUUUAAAUGUCAAUUGCCCAGGAAUGGGUAAUUGAAAAGAAAGUUAUAGUUAUUAAAAGAGGAAAAGGUAAGGGUAUAGAGGGUCAAAAAUAGGUCACUUGUAUAAAACAUUGUAGUUUAAUUUAUAUAAAACUACCAUAAUUAAAAAGUAAAAUACAGAAAAGCACAGUUGGAGCUUGUUUCAAAUGACUGUACACUAAAUCUUGCCAUUCAUCAGUGCCGUACACCAGGUCCACCUAAAUGAAGUAAACCUCUAUCUUUGUAGUGCUUCUUUUUAACUCUCUCUCCCAAAUAUCUUCUUUACAGAUGUUUUGAUUUGUAUAUAGUAAACACAUGGCUAUAAGAUGUCAGCUUGGUUUGAAUGUACAUGCCAUACAGCUUAGCAUUGACAUCCUACAGUGUAUGGAUGGCAAAAACUGAGCAGCUGAAGUAGCCCCCCAAGUACAUUGUUAACAGCUUUGUUGUGCAUCAAAACUACCGGGUUCUCCCCUUCACCACUUCCAUCUCUUACAGCAUCUGACUUCUUCCUAAUGGAGAGGAAUGUUAUAUUUUAACCCAAAGAUGAGCUCCCCUGCUUGGCUAAAACAUCUUGUUUACAUAGAGAUGCGUGUAGUUAUCUGUAGGGGGUGAAACUAUGCCUGACAUUGUCUAUGAGUUGUCAUAUUUUUUGUUUGGGGGUUUUGUAAACACUCUUCUGAGUCUUUCAAAUACAUUUGAUAGCUGCAAUAAAAAUGAUUUGUUCAAACGAUGUAUUCUGAAACCGCAUUCACAAUAAAUGGAAUAUUUCCAUCAGCA